AUGUACACUGCAAGAAGAGUCUCUGAAAAGUCCCCACCUCAAAUGUCCAGACUGACACAGUCUAACUCUCUGUCUGUUCACCCAGACACUGCCGGUGAAUGUGGCCUCACUCAGUUCCUCAUGAGCGAGGUCUCUCGCCUACAGAAGCUCGCACAGGACGAACGGAGGAAGCGACUCGAAGUGUCUGCGCAGGCGGCGGAGCAGCUAGACGCCAUCCGCCAGCUGCAGCUGUGUGAGAGCGAGCUGCACAAACAGCAGGACCGCGUGCAGCGCAUCCGAGAUGAGCGCGAACGCAUGUGCGAUGAAGCACGUAAACUGAGAGACGAGAAUUACCGACUGAUGCACGACUUGACCCGAUUAAGCGAGGAGAAGAACUGCGCGCUCAUGUGUAACAGAGACCUCCAGCUCGAGAUUGAGAAAUUGAAACACAGCUUAAUGAAUGCAGAAAGUGACUCAAAGAUCCAAUGGAAAAAGACAAUAACCUUGAAAAAUGCCAUGGAGCAGAGACCAAGUCCAGAGCUGAUCUGGCAGAUGCAGAGAGAAAAUGAUCUCCUUACAGCUCAUAUACAAGAGCUCGAAAGUGCUUCCAAGGUCCAAACUCUGGAGCACGAAAAGCUUGAUUCACAGUCAUUAAAGGAAUUCAAGCAACAAAGUCAGGCACAAUACCAGGAGCUUGUGAAUGAUCUCUACAAUCUAAGGAGAGACCUACAUGAUGCAGAAAAGCUGCGUGAUAAGUAUCGAGAGGAGAAGGAUGAGUUGAAACUGAAAUGCACAAUGCUAAAAAAGGACUCCAAAAUGUACUGUGACCGAAUGGAAGACAUUCUGAAGCAGCUGGAAGAGGUCAUCAAAGAAAGAGACAAGGCUAUUUGUACAAGAGAGGAGUACCAUUUGGAGAACUCAAAAAAUCUCCAAGACAAAGACCAGUACCGCAAACAGAUCCGGGAGAUGGGCGAGCGUUAUGAUGAACUUCAAGUCCAGUUGUUUCGAACUCAAGGAGACGUUCUUGCUCUCCAUUCAAAGAUUCGCAAAAAGAAAAACCCAAUUCAAGUGAUGAAAAGUCAGACCAGCGAGGAGGAGUCCAGGGAAAGACGUGAAAAGGAUAUGAGUGAAGAGUCACAAAACCAAACAUCUGGCAAGUACAAUUAUUCAGAGAGGAUGUUCACUGAUGAGGACAUAUCAGCUAACUGCAGACUUAAAGAAAAAUGCAACUUUUAUUAUAGGAGGAAACGUGCUUUAAGAACCAAAAAAUGCACAGACAAAGAGAGUGUGCAGUGCAUCCUAGACAACACUACUGGGAGUGAUACAGACGGGACGUGACAUACAACUUUAGACAAGGAGACGAAAUGUCGCCUUCUUUGACGGCAUAUUAAAAUACAAUUUAAUUUUUAAUUUAAUUAACAACAUUGUUUUGU